UGCUAUUUCAACUUCAAAUCUCAUACCAAAUUCAACUUUUAUGUACUUGGAUUCUGGUAUUUCUUUUGAUAUAUCAAAAACAUUUAAUACUCAUUAUAUGUAUGGAGUUACAAAUAGUUUUUGCUCUAAUCAACAUUUGGUUGUGAACACUGCUUCAAGUGAAAUUCAAGAUAACAAAUCAAGUGAUUUAAAUAAUAAUCAAGAAAAUAUUAUACUAUUUAAUAUAUCUACUAUUCAAGACCCAAUG